AUGAAAAGACCUUGUGCAAAGAUCUUCAUAGACCCUAUAGUACCAGAUACAGAAUCAUAUUCAAACUAUUACUCGAUUAUUGACAAUCCAAUGGAUUUGAAUACAAUUUAUCAGCGAAUAAUACACAAUGUGUACCAAGAUGUCGAUGAGGUAACACGAGAUAUCAACUUUAUUGUCACUAAUUCCAUAAAAUUUUACGGAUCGAAUCACUGCGCAACAUAUCUAGCGAAACAUCUAGCAUAUUUAUACGAAAAAAGCAUUAGAUUGCAUUUAAAUUGUGAUUUUAAUGAUUGGCACAAGAUAUUUGUAGAUCAAACACAAAAUAUUAAUUCAAUGUUGAAUAAAUUUGCAGAAACGCACGGAUUAGAGAAGAGAUACUUUGACAUUAACGAAAGAAAAGAUGCAACAGUGCAAACGAACUCUGUUGAAAUGAAUAUUCAUCGCCCUCCUCCAAAUGAUGAAAUAAUUAAAUCAAAUUUGUUUGAUGACUACGUCCAUAGUAGCAAAGAGAAAAGCAAAAACAGUGAUGAUAAAAAAUAUACAAAGAAGAUAAAAAGAAAGAUUCCUGAAAGCAAAAUAAACAAUUUUUUGAGUGCACUCUCCAAUUUAUCCCUCAGCGACGCAAAACAAUUAGUUUCGAUUACUAUUUCAAUGCAGCCUGAACUUAACAUUCCUUUUCCUGAAGCUCGAAUUGAUAUUGACGAACUUAAGGAUAAAACAAUCCUUAAGCUAAUUGAAUAUACAAGAUCAAGAUUCUUACAGCUUAAUUUGCCAUAUCCAACUACAUAA